AAAAAAAAAAAACUAGAAUUUCAAUGGCCACGCAAAAUAAACAACUUCACUUUGUCCUGUUUCCUCUAAUGGCACAAGGCCACAUGAUUCCGAUGGUCGACAUAGCAAGAAUGUUAGCAAAACGUGGUGCCAAGAUCACCAUAGUCACUACACCAGGAAAUGCAGCACGUUUUGAAAAUGUUCUUGAUCGAGCCAUUGAAAUUGGGCUUAGUAUCCAUCUAAUCAAAGUUAAUUUUCCUUCAAAAGAAGCGGGAUUACCCGAAGGAUGUGAGAAUUUCGACAUGAUGCCUUCUCUAGAUUGUGCCUCUAAACUCUUACACGCAGCCUCAAUGAUGCAACAGCCAGUUGAGGAAAAAUUUAAAGAACUUAAGCUGAGGCCAAGUUGCAUAAUUGCUGACAUGUCUUUGACAUGGACUGCUAGUAUAGCUAGAAAGUUCAAUAUUCCAAAGAUAUCUUUCCAUGGUGGAUGUUGCUUCUGCAUUUUGUGUGUGCAUAAUAUACGUAGUUCAAAGGUUCUUGACAAAAUAACUUCUGAAACAGAACGAUUUGUUGUCCCUUACCUGGCCGAACGGAUUGAAAUGACGAAAGCUCAGGUACAUUUUGCAUCAGUAAAUUCAGAACUAAAGGAGGUGCAUGACAGAAUUAUGGAUGCUGACAAAAAGUCUUAUGGAACAAUUAUAAAUAGUUUUGAAGAGUUGGAGCCUGCAUUUGUCAAGGACUACAAGAAUGUGAAAAAUGGUAAAGUUUGGUGUAUUGGUCCUGUUUCCUUAUGCAACAACAAUGUAUUGGACAAGGCUCAAAGAGGUAAAAAGUCUUCUGUUGAUGAACAUGAUCAGUUUCUCAAGUGGCUUGAUUUGUGGAAACCUGUCUCUGUAGUCUAUGCUUGCCUAGGAAGCUUAUGCAAUUUACAACUUCCACAUUUAAUAGAACUUGGGCUAGGAUUGGAAGCUUCAAACAAACCAUUUAUUUGGGUCAUUAGAGGUGGGACUAGUAUUACAGAAGAAGUAGAGAAAUGGAUCAAGGAAGAUGGAUUUGAAGACAGGACUAAGGGAAGAGGCUUGGUCCUCCGGGGUUGGGCUCCACAAGUACUAAUAUUAUCUCACCCUUCUGUUGGAGUGUUCUUAACUCAUUGUGGAUGGAAUUCAACUCUUGAAGGAAUAUCUGCAGGGGUUCCCUUGGUUACCUGGCCGUUGUUUGCUGACCAGUUUCUUAAUGAGAAACUGGUUGUACAAGUUUUGAAGAUAGCUGUAACUUUGGGGUUGGAAGAGCCAAUGAAAUGGGGAGAGGAGGAGAAAGUUGGGGUGAAGGUUAAGAGGGAAACUCUUAAGAGUGCUUUAGAGGAAGUGUUGAAUGAAGAAGAAGAAAGCAAGGAGAGAAGGGAAAGAGCUAGAAAGCUUGGGGAGAUGGCAAAGAGAGUUGUUGAUGAAGGUGGAUCUUCACACCUCAAUAUGACAUUGUUUUUAGAAGAUAUUGCACAACAAGAAGGCAGUAAUCAGCUGCAAGAGUAAGAGAGUAAGAAAAGAGUUAGAAAGCUUGGGGGGAUGAACUAAAGAUAUAGCAUUUGAAGACAUUUUGCAACAUACCAGUCAGUAGUAUUAAUCAACAAACAACAAUAAGAGGAGGAAAAUAUGAGGAGAUCAAUCAUCACUUCCAAAUUUAAGAUAACAUAAGUGAAUCAAAAUGCCUUGUAGAAAUAUUGUAUUACAUAUUACAUCUAACUAAUAUUUUAUUGAAUCUAGUAUCUUCUCUUUAUAAUGGUCUUGGUUCUCUUUUAGAUAAUAUUUCCAGUUUGUUGUCCA